CUAAGUGUCAUGGAGGCAGUCAUGUUGGCAUACAGUGAGUUACACAGACGUAUAUUUCCUAUAUUAAAUACAUGUACAUAAUAUUGUUCAAAUACAGAGUGAAAUUAUAGAACAAAAAAUAUUAUUUACCAGAAUCGCCAAGAACAACAACUUUUACUUUCUCAAUUGCAGCCAUUUCUUUCACAACAACACGAUUUACGACCAAAAAUACUUUCUACGCAAUCGUGGUGCGAGUUUGGUCAACUGCGGUCAUAAACUGAUAUAUAUAUACUCGAUUUUGACUGAAGAUCUUACCUGUAUGAAGUCCAUAUUUUAAUAAGUCUUCACGUGUGAAGUGUUCCGAGCUUCUUUUCAACUGUUUACUGGCUCGAAAAUUUUACAGCCCCUGCUAAGCCACAAUAAUGACAACAGAAGAAAGGCUCGUCACUGAGGUCCCGAGUAGCCUAAAACAACUGGCCCGGCUCGUGGUGCGUGGCUUCUAUACGAUUGAAGAUGCUCUUAUAGUUGACAUGCUGGUUAGAAAUCCUUGUAUGAAAGAAGACGACAUUUGCGAACUGCUAAAAUUCGAAAGGAAAAUGUUGAGAGCCAGAAUAUCUACUCUAAAAAACGACAAAUUCAUUCAAGUGAGGCUAAAAAUGGAGACAGGACCCGACGGCAAAGCACAGAAAGUAAACUAUUACUUUAUAAAUUACAAAACCUUUGUAAAUGUGGUAAAAUAUAAACUGGAUCUGAUGCGUAAGCGAAUGGAAACCGAGGAGCGCGAUGCCACCAGUCGAGCCAGCUUCAAAUGUCCUGGCUGCGGGAAGACUUUCACUGACCUUGAGGCAGAUCAACUAUAUGAUAUGAUGACGCAAGAGUUCCGAUGUACAUUCUGCAACCAAGUGGUGGAGGAGGACCAGUCGGCGCUGCCGAAGAAGGACUGCCGACUGCUCAUGGCGAAGUUCAACGAGCAACUGGAGACAUUGUACAUACUGCUGCGAGAGGUCGAGGGCAUCAAGCUAGCGCCUGAGAUCUUAGAGCCUGAGCCUGUGGAUAUAAACACUAUCAGAGGCUUGACGGCUAAACAGCCUCUGCAACGGCCGCCAGGCGAACAGUGGUCGGGAGAGGCCACUCGCAACCAGGGGCUGGCCGUGGAAGAGACCAGAGUCGACGUCACCAUCGGAGAGUCGGACAACGCUGGCGACGCUGCCGCUCUGCGCAAGGAGAGGCCGGUGUGGAUGGUGGAGAGCACCAUCGUCACCAACGACCAGGGCGACAGUGUUCAUUCAACAGACGCGGCACUUGAAAAAGCAGCAAGCAACGCAAGCAAUACCAAAGCGGGUUCGGGCAAAGAAAAGAACGACGAUAUUAUGUCUGUUCUACUUGCACACGAGAAGCAAAACACUGGAAAUAAUGCUACAGCGAACGCAUUGAAGGGAUUAGAACAAGACAGUUCAGAUUCUAGCGACAAUGAGUCAAAAGAUCCGUUUAAACUUAAAGACGAAUUAGCUGCAGUUGCUGAAAUGGAAAGCGAAGACUCAGACACGGACGACAACGCACCCAGCGUGCUGGUGGGCGGCAAGGCGGUGCCGCUCACGGCCGUGGACGACGCCCUCAUCGCGCUCAUGACGCCCGCCGAGAAGGAGACUUACAUACAGGUCUACCAGGAGUACUACAGCCAUAUGUACGAUUAGAUGGCAAGUAAGCGCGACACGCGUUUCCAAGAUAAAUAAACAUGUAUUGAAAAAAGCAUUUUUUUACAUCUUUAAACACUUUGCAAAUUAUGAAGGUAUUUAAAAACAUUUGAUAAAUUUAAAUCGGACACAGAAGGGAAGUACUAAAACAAUAAAAUUCGCUGCGUAGGUAGUCCCCUGUCUGAAAUUCGCUACGUAGGUACGGAUAAAACAAAGUUCCGUGCCCCGUCCCGGCCGAAACUGUACGUCACAACUGUACGUGCUAACUAACCAACAACAAUUAAUCCUAAAUCCAAAGUCUUAUCCCUCGAAAGCCAUAACCACAAAAUAAUAUGAACAAAGUAACUUGUUGCCAACAUACAUUGUGUGAUAACAAGUAACAUUUAUACCUAUACCUAAAAUUUUUGGAAUACGAGCUGUUUUACCGAUAAUACGAUAACCAUAAAGUUAACUAUCCGUUAUGUAUAUUACUACCGAAAAAAAACUUUAUUCGAACCGCCUAAUCAAUAAAAAGGUGAAAAAUCUGAGCCUGGCAAUUACAGACCAAUUUCCAUAUUACCCGUAUUAAGCAAGGUAUUUGAAAAGAUAAUACUCAAUCAAAUGCUACAUCAUUUUAAGACCCAUAAUCUUUUCCACGGCCAUCAAUAUGGUUUCACUGCCAGAAAAAGUACAACUGACGCGGGAGUGACUCUUGUCAGUCAUAUUUACAACGCGUGGGAGAAUUCACAGGAUGCUAUCGGAGUCUUUUGUGAUCUUUCUAAAGCAUUUGAUUGUGUAGAUCAUGAAACACUUGCGAAAGCUUAGUCAGUACGGUUUUGAUUCUAAAUCAAUUGAGCUAAUAGCUUCUUACUUAAAAGAUAGGUUACAAACUGUUGAUAUUAAUAACGUUAAAUCAAAUGGUUGUAAUGUAAAAAUUGGCGUACCACAAGGCUCAUUUCUAGGACCCUUUCUCUUCUUAGUUUACGUCAAUGAUCUGCCAUACAUGGUAGAAAAGCGGGCUGACAUCGUGCUGUUUGCUGAUGAUACGUCAUUAAUCUUUAAAGUAGACCGCCACAGCGAAGAUGUUGAUGAUGUAAAUCGUAUUUUGUCUACCAUUUCGAAUUGGUUUUCUGCUAAUAACUUAUUGCUGAAUGCAAAUAAAACCUAAUACAUUAAAUUUACACUUCCCAAUAUUAGGCAGGUUCACGUCGACGUGACUCUGAAUGGAGAAAGCUUAGAUUUUGUACUAAACGCCAAAUUCUUAGGAAUUACCCUUGAUUCCAAAUUGCAAUGGGACGCUCAUAUUAAUGGCCUAUCUAAAAAGCUUAGUUCCGCGGCAUUCGCAGUUCUGACGGACGUGGCGACUGCUAGAUUAGUUUAGUUAUUUUCAUAGCUUAAUGUCCUAUGGGAUACUACUUUGGGGGAGUGCUAGCACCAUUAACACUAUUUUCAUUUUACAAAAAAGAUCAAUCCGUGCUAUAUAUGGUUUGAGGAGAAGGGAUUCCCUUAGAGGUUUUUUGAAAGAUAUUAAUAUUUUAACUUUACCCUCUCAAUACAUAUUUGACAAUGUCCGGAAAAAUUUAAACUUAUUUUAAAAAGUUGGUGAUUACACUGAUAGAGCCUUACGUAAUAAAGAUAAAUUGUCUGUCCCCGGGCAUCGGUUGGCCAAAGUUAGAACGUCUUUUGUUGGGAACUGUAUCCGUUUUUAUAACAAAUUGCCUAAAUGGAUUCUUGAUUUGCCGGACAAAAAAUUUAGAAAUUAUAUAAAGUACUUUGUAAAAAGGCAUAUUACAAGUCUGACGAUUAUGUAUGUGGAUGACAAUAAUGUUUGGCCCAAGCAUGGUGCAGUAUCCUCAUAACAUAUGUAAUUGGUUUAUGAUAUUACUACGUACGUGUUGUACAUUUAGUUUUUAUUUACGUGUUGUAUAUAUAUACAUAUAUUGUGUGACAAUUUUCAAUAAUUUUAUUGGAAAUUCAACUUUUAUUUUAUUUAUUCAUUCAAAUUAAUUCAUUCAUUCAUUCAAAUUUUGACAUUUUUAAUAAUGAUGUAAAUUCGUCCUCCUAAUUUUUAAUAUAUGUAUAAGACCUAUAUUUGUUAAUUGACGUCCUGGGAGAAAAGGCUGCGGUGAAGUUUGUUGCGCCGCUUCUUCUUCACCUGCGCUUUGGAAACCGGCAGUAGACUUAGUUUAAGUAAUUUUUGACGUCAAUAAGUGAUGUAUAUCAUCCUAAAUUGAAUAAAGAAUUUUGAAUUUGAAUACAUAUAAUAAAAUUGAAGAAAGGUCAAAUUUGUACAUUCGAUAUUUUUUAAAUUCUUCAUAGAAUAUACUUAGUUACUGAUAUAGAUGACGAAAAUAUAGUUUUGGAAAUUUUUGUCUGUCUGUCUGUCUGUCUGAACGCGCAUCACUCGAAAUCUACUAUACCGAUUUGCUUGAAAUUUGGUAUGUAGGUAUCUUAACGUUAACAUCUUAGACACAUUUCAUCCCGGUAAAUGGUCAGGUUCCCGUAGGAUAAUUGAAAAACGAAAUAUGAAUCAAAAAUGCCUCAGAAACCCGGGUUAACAUCUUAUAGACAUUUCAUCCCGGAAAAUGAGGAGGGUCCUGUAGAAAAAUUAGAUAAAUUUCAUCCCGGUAAAUUGUCAGGUUCCCGUAGGAUAAUUAAAAAACUAAUUAUGAAUCAAAAAUGCUCAGAAUUCCCGGUUAACAUCUUAUAGACAUUUCAUCCUGGAAAAUGAGGAGGGUCCUGUAGGAAAAAUUAGAUACAUUUCACCCCGGCAAAUGGUCCUGACCAUUUCCCGUAGGUAGUAGGUAGGUAAUAAUUGAAAACUAAUUAUGAAUCAAAAAUUCCUCGGAAUCCCGGGUUAAAAUGUGAUAGAUAUUUCAUCCCGGAAAAUGAGGAGGGUACUGUAAGAAAAUUAAAACAACAAUCCACGGAGCCAAUUUACUUUAAAAUUUUGUAGAAAGGUGUAAACAGAAUAUAAACAAAUUGUUUUUAUCGAUUAAAAUCUGAUAUAGAUAUAAUGGGCGCAUUAUGUAUCAGUAUAAAACUCUUCCGUUACUGAGUGACUGACUGGCUGACUGACUGACUGACUGACUGACUGACAGACAACAUACACCCGAAACUGCUGGGCGGAAGCUGAAAUUUGGCAUGUAGGUGAGUGAAAGGGGGAAAGGGGGUGAAAGGGGUGAAAUCUGUAAAUAUAAAAGUUUUACCGUUCGACCGUUGAUGUUAGUGAAUUGAAAAUUUGGAUUUUGGUUGUUUACAACAAAGUAAUGAAUACGUGUUUCAGAUUUUUCUGAAAAUUGGCACACUUACUUUUUUUUAGUAAAUAACAGUAAUAGUAAAUACAAAAAAUGUUUAAUUUACGUUUGUGGUUAAUAAAAAACCGGGACGUAAAACGUCAUGGAAAAUGGGACGGCACGCGUUGCAGGAAGCGGGAGUGGGAGUAGAAGCGGGAAAUGGGAAUGAGACACGUAGUGGGAAACAGGACGGGACACAUUGCAAAAAAAAUAUGGCACAAUAUGUAGGAAACGGUACGGAUAUCUACUUUACAUUACAUAGCAGGAAGCGGGAUUGGACAAGUUUGCGAGACGAGAGACACGCAGCGGGAAACAGAAAAUUGAACUAAAGAUGAGAAAAAAUGCUAAUUUGAAUCAUAUGUUUACCAGUCUUACAGAGUACGCGAUAAAAAAAAUACUGAAUUCACGCGGGCGAAGCCGCGUGCAAAAGCUAGUAGCUUAUAUAAAAUUUGUACAUCAACCAGUGUGCAGUUUCCAUCAAGAUAUUACCUUCACUGAGAGCAAGUGCACACAAACUUAUGUGGCACAAGUUAGAUUCGAACCUGGAUAUUUCAAUCAUGGGCGAGCGGCCUUAAAUACUAAAUAACCACCGCUACAGCAACCUUCGUGUAAUUUUAUUGAAUUUAAUAAAUAAUAAAUUGCAAUUAAACAUGUAAAAAUAAUAUUUAUUUGUGAGAAAAUGGUAACAAAAUGUUUAGUACUUACAAGCAAUGCAGGUACAAAAUUUAACAAUAACUCAACAGUCAAUUAUUUCAAAACGCAAAUACAUAUACUAAAUAAAUUAUGCAUACCUAUGUUCCUAUUUACAAACAUUAUUUUCGAUUAACAAAAAUAUUACAAUGUUUUAUUGUAAAUGAAAUAAAUAUGACAAUGUAAGUAAUACUGACUGAUGUCGAAAUAUUAAAACAUUUUGGCUAGCAUAGAUCAUUCUAUUUUUUCUACAUAAUGAAUUCAUACAUUUUUGUACGACUUAAGUACAGCUACUAUUGUAACUACUUGCACUAUCUAAAAGUCAGUAGAAAAUAUAUGACACUGAGCAAUAAUAAAUUAAAUAUUGACUUCAAGAAACUAUUGCAAUAAAUCAACCUAAAUGUUUUCCCCACUUGUCCCAAUAGUCGUCUGUUUGCAUCUCCAUGAUUCUGGAAAGGCAGCGGUCACACGCGAACAUUUCCUCUUCGCCCGUGAAUAUAGCCGCUUUUGCGUCUUCCUGUUGCGAUAUUGAGGGAAUUAUGUUUAUCAUAAAGCUACAUUGAGCAGAAAUUGUAAUAAAGCUGGUUGGGCUCUGAUUGAUCCACAAAAAAAAUUAUUCACCUUUCUAAAAUUUUGGUUCAUCUGCUCAUACCCAAAUGGAGGCUCUCACACAAAUAGUUGUUACGAAAUUCUUCAACUGAAAGUCAAUUCCCUUAAUCUAAUUAAUUUCAGUAGUUACUUAUGUACUCACAGAAUCUUUUGUUAUUUUUAAAUCAUCCAUCAAGGCCCGAUCUGCAUCUUCCACUUGCUUGUCUUCAUCAGUUUUGAAUAGGUCUUUGGGUUCACAAUCUGCAGCAAUGACUACCUACAAAUCCACAAUUAUUCCAGUUGCAGUUAGUCAUGUAUUCAGUGUUCGCCAUAAAUAGUUAUUAGUCUAUAAUAAUAAUGUUGCAUUUUACAAUAAGGUAUCUAAGUAUAAAUCAUGUUAAAAUUGUAUUGUUUAUGCUUACCCUUACUCUGUUGUCAUACAAAGUAUCAAUCAUGGUAAUGAAUCGCCUCAACUGAGACCGAUGUCUUGUUAUAGACAGUUGGCUGAGAUUUCUUAUGAAAACUGUGUGGAAAGUUUUAGAUAUUAUGAGGUAAUCACUUGCACCAAGAGGCUGAAAGUAAUGUAAAAUGUACUUAAAUUAAAAUCAUAAUGUUUCAAUAUUUAAUUUUAAAAAUCUGUAUGGUCAAUUCCUUACACGAUCACAUAAUUCAUCAAAGGUAGAAUCCAAAAUCCUUCCACAGGAUUUGGCAAAUUUAACAUUUCUUCCUAAAAUGUUAAUAACCCUCGGUCUUACUGUGUCAUUUUCUUUCGAAAUUAAAAAUUUGAAUAAAUUAUCAACAGCAUUAGUCUCAGGUGUCAGCUCACUAUUU